AUGGAGGCGGCGGCAGCCCUGAACGAGAGCGGAGCGGCGGCCCCGCGGCUGCCGGCCGGCGGCGGAAACUCCUCGCUGGAGCUCUCGUCGCGGGCCCCCGCGCCCGCCGCCCUCAACCCCUGGGAUGUGAUGCUCUGCGUGUCCGGCACCGCCAUCGCCUGCGAGAACGCCCUGGUGGUUGCCAUCAUCUGCUACUCGCCCGCCCUGCGCUCCCCCAUGUUCGUGCUGGUGGGCAGCCUGGCCACGGCUGACCUCCUGGCCGGCCUCGGCCUCAUCCUCAACUUCGUUUUCCAGUACGUGAUUCCCUCGGAGACGGUCAGCCUGCUGACGGUGGGCUUCCUCGUCGCCUCCUUCGCCGCCUCCGUGAGUAGCUUGCUGGCCAUCACGGUCGAUCGCUACCUCUCCCUGUACAAUGCCCUCACCUACUACUCGGAGAGGACGGUGCUCUGCAUUCACACCAUGCUGGCGGGCGCUUGGGGGGUUUCCCUCUGCCUGGGGCUGCUGCCCGUCCUGGGCUGGAACUGCCUCCACGACCGCACCUCCUGCAGCGUCGUCAGACCCUUGACCAAGAGUAACGUGACGCUGCUGUCUGCCUCCUUCUUUCUCAUUUUCCUCAUCAUGCUCCAUCUCUACAUCGAGAUCUGCAAGAUAGUCUGCAGGCAUGCCCACCAGAUAGCUCUCCAGCAGCACUUUCUGACUGCCUCGCACUAUGUCACCACCAAAAAAGGAGUCUCUACCCUGGCUAUCAUCCUUGGGACCUUCGGAGCCAGCUGGCUGCCUUUUGCCAUCUACUGUGUGGUGGGGGAUCCUGACUACCCUUCUGUGUACACGUACGCCACGCUCCUACCUGCUACCUACAACUCCAUGAUCAACCCCAUCAUUUAUGCCUACAGAAACCAGGAAAUCCAGAGGUCCAUGUGGGUGCUCUUCUGUGGCUGCUUUCAGGCUAAAGUGUCCUUUCGCUCCCGGUCCCCCAGCGAUGUCUGA